CCAUGUCGGAGCGAGGCGGGCUCCCCCGGACCGGGAGCGUCCCCUCCCCGCACCUCCAGCCCUGCAAGCCGGUCAGCAUCACGUCCUCCAGGCCGGUCCACAUGAACCUGUACGCGACCUGGGAGGUGGACCGGUCCUCCCCCAGCUGCGUGCCCAGGCUGUUCAACCUGACUCUGAAGAAGCUGAUCAUGCUGAAGGAGCUGGACAAAGACCUCACCUCCGUGGUGAUCGCCGUCAAACUGCAGGGCUCCAAGCGGAUCCUGCGCUCCAACGAGAUCCUGCUGUCGGCCGCCGGGCUGACGGAGACCGACCUGCAGCUCACCUUCUCCCUGCAGUAUCCGCACUUCCUCAAGAGGGACGCCAACAAGCUCCAGAUCAUGCUGCAGCGACGGAAGCGUUACAAGAACCGAACCAUCCUGGGAUACAAGACGCUGGCGCUGGGACUCAUCAACAUGGCCGAGGUGAUGCAGCACCCCAGUGAAGGCGCCCAGGUCCUCGGUCUCCACAGCCAGCUGAAGGACGCGUCUGUCCCCGUGGCUGAGAUCAGAGUCUACUCUCUGUCCAGCCAGCCCAUCGACCACGAGGGACCCAAGGCCAAGAUGUCCGAUCGUUCUCCUGACAUCGACAACUACUCUGAAGAAGAGGAGGAGAGCUACUCGUCUGAACAGGAAGGAAGUGACGACCCCGUCCACGGACGAGACGAGGACUCGUACCAGAAGUUCAUUCCUUUCAUCGGGGUGGUGAAGGUCGGUCUCAUCGAGUCCGGUCCGUCCCCGACAGGCGACACAGAAGAGGGCGUGGCCGUGAGUCUGGCCGUCCCCUCCACGUCUCCGCCCUCCCACGGCUCCCCCACGGGGAUGAUCAAAGAGGCCGCCACCCCCCCGUCCUCCCCCUCCAUGGGCAGUGUCCUGAUGGUGCAAGGGAGUCCCAGCAUGUCUCACGGCGGGGACGCCAUCGGCCUGCAGGUGGACUACUGGCUGGCGUCGCUGGCGGAGAAGCGGCGUGAGGGCGAGCGGCGCGACACGGGCGGAAAGAACACGCUGAAGAGCGCCUUCCGCUCGCUGCAGGUCAGCCGGCUGCCAGGGGGGGGCAGCAGCGAGCUGCAGGCGCAGGUCAGCACCAUGGCCAUGACCGUGGUCACCAAGGAGAAGAACAAGAAGGUUCCCACCAUCUUCUUGGGGAAGAAGCCGAAGGACGUGGACUCUAAGAGCCAGGUCAUCGAAGGCAUCAGUCGCCUCAUCUGCUCGGCCAAGCAGCAGCAGACCAUCCUGAAAGUGUCCAUCGACGGCGUGGAGUGGAACGAGGUCAAGUUCUUCCAGCUCGCCGCCCAGUGGCCCACUCACGUCAAGUACCUUCCUGUGGGACUCUUCGGCUACAGCAAGCCCCCGUGCUAGGAGAGAGCGCCCCCUGGAGGUCGUGACCCGGCCUGGAGGUCGUGACCCGGCCUGGAGGUCGCCCCCCCCGUCCCGUCCCGCCCGGCGGAGGGAAGACGUCCAGAGGACAGACGACUUCUCUCUGGUCUCACGUUCGCUGUCGCUCGUCUUUCCUCUCUCCGGGGGAGGGGUGGGAGGAGCUCUGGGGUGUGGGCGUGGCUACCGGUGUCAACGCCCCCGUCCCUGUGUGUGUGUGUGGCGAGUGAACACGUGAAUGUACAGUGUGUGUGUGUGUGUGUGUGUGUGUUUACAAGGGGCGUACAGCACAACUCGAUCUGUAACU